UAUUCUUCACAGCAUCAGAACAAACAAAAAACAAGAAGAGGUUGCGAUAAUGGAGAACCAAACAGACCCUAGCAAUCCCCACGCCGAUCUCAUCAACACAUUCACGCAAAUCACUUCUUCUUCUCCGCAAGAAGCCAUCUUUUUCCUCGAAAGCCACAACUUCGAUCUCGACGCCGCCGUUUCUACUUUCUUCGAAACCUCCACCGCAGCUGCCGCCGACGGUGACGCCGCUAUUCCCGUCGCUGCCGAGCGAUCUGAGUCUCUGUCGCCGGAGUCGACGCCGUCCAGGUCUAGAUCGCCGUCGCCGCAGCCGCCUCUGCGGCCGCAAUCUGAUCGCGUUUAUAAUCUCCGUUCGAGGAGGCAGGGGAGUGAUAAGAAGGCUUCAGGGAGUCGUGGAGGGAGAAUUCACACUUUUUCUGAUCUUAAUAAGAAGGAUGGAGAUGAUUCGGAUAGCGAUGAGCAGCCUCAGGAGUACUUUACUGGUGGCGAGAAAAGUGGAAUGCUUGUGCAGGAUCCAUCGAAAGGCAAUGAUGUAGAUGCUUUAUUUGAUCAAGCUAGACAGGCAGGAGGUGUGGAAGGACACGGGGAUCACCUUCAGCCGUCUUCAAGUUCAAGAAGUUUUAGUGGAACAGCAAGACGUCUAACUGGAGAAACAAUUACAACUGCUCCUUCACAUCCUGAAACUGUCACGCAUACUAUCACUUUUUGGACAAAUGGGUUCACAAUAGAUGAUGGUCCUUUGCGGAGGAUUGAUGAUCCAGAAAAUGCAUCCUUCCUAGAGAGUAUCAGGAAGUCCGAGUGUCCACAAGAACUUGCGCCAGCUGAUCGUAGGACUGUUGUCCAUGUUAAUCUCGUGAAGAAGGAACAAGAAUGCCCUGUACAGAAGAAGCGACCCAAUUCAUUUCAGGGCCAGGGAAGAACUUUAGGUAGCAACGAUGAUGCAGUACCAGCAGAGACAACUGCUCCAAGCAAUUUGCAGAGUGCCCCACCACCAUCAAUGGGCUUAGUUGUGGAUCAGGCACUACCUUCUACCUCAAUUCAGCUCAGGUUGGCAGAUGGUACACGCAUGGUUUCGCGCUUUAAUUUUCAUCAUACAGUUAGAGAUAUCCGUGGCUUUAUUGAUGCAUCCAGACCUGCUGCGCCAAGAAGCUAUCAUCUGCAGACUGUGGGGUUCCCUCCGAAACAACUCACCAAUCUGGAGCAGACCAUUGAAGAGGCUGGUUUAGCCAAUUCUGUUGUCAUCCAGAAGCUCUAGAAAGCUUGGAUUAUUCUUUUGGUAGUUAAAACUUAUUUAUUACUUCUGCAUAUUCUAUACUAAAUUUUAAUCACUGUUUAAAACUUAUUAAUUACUGAUAUAUUCUUGCAAUGCUUUUUGGUCAUUGAAAUUUUUUGCUUAUGUUUAUCUAUGAUAUGAUAUUCUCUUUUGGUC